AUGCGCACAGAACCUCGAGGGCGAGCUUUUUGUGAACGCGCGCGCUUUCUUCACUGUUUGGACGGGGGCGGGGCUAGGGGGAAACAGCGUUCGAUACAACGCCUGUCUCCGCAGCACGUGCACCGCCCAACUGAAACGCCAGCUCGUUGUUGGGGAAAAAAAUAUUAUUCGACAGCAUUCCUUCAGACGAAUCUCACUGAAGUUGUAAUCUCUCACCACCAUGUAAACUGUGACGGGCUGACAAUCUCCCCGCAUAGAUUAAAUCCGCGUCGGUCUACCCAACCUUCUUUGGUCUUUACGCACCAAAACACGCCUUUCGAAGCUCGUGACGCAACUGAGGCUGUUACGUUUAUAUUUAAUUCCCCCUCCCCUGGCUGUUCUGCUCCCAUCACUCUCCUCCCCCUGAUUGUAGCUAUUUCUCCUAUCUCCGAGCAAGCGACUAACAUGGAUAUUAUAAAUCAGUUGGUUGCCAAUGGGCAAUUCAGGGUGUUGAAAGUCCCAUUGGGCUUCAUCAAAGCCUUAGAAUGGGUGUUUGCGAUCUUUGCAUUCUCAACCUGUGGGAGUUACUCGGGCUCCUUCAGGAUGAGUGUGGAGUGCAAGAACAUAUCACAGAGUAACCUGAAAAUAGAUGUGGAUUUUGAGUAUCCCUUCAGGCUCCAUCAAGUGUAUUUUGAUGUCCCCACCUGCAAGGGUAGCCAUAAUGACCGUUGCUUUCUGGUUGGAGAUUACUCAUCCUCAGCAGAGUUCUUUGUCACCAUUGCUGUUUUUGCAUUCCUGUAUUCCAUGGCAGCUCUUAGCAUCUACAUCUUUGCCUUUGAGAAGUACCGUGAGAACAAUAAGGGACCACUGAUUGAUUUUGGCGUGACGUGUGUAUUCACCUUCAUGUGGCUGGUGAGCUCAUCAGCAUGGGCAAAGGGUUUGUCAGAUGUGAAGACAGCUACGGACUCCGAGAAAGUCCUGGAACUGAUCCCUGCCUGUGAGUUGGAGGGUAACCGCUGCCGUGAAGUUUACGACCCUGUCAUGUCUGGUCUUAAUACUUCUGUGGUCUUUGGCUUCCUGAACCUGAUCUUGUGGACAGGUAACCUGUGGUUCGUGUUUAAGGAGACCGGAAUCAUCGCACCAUUUAUGCGUCAACAACCCGCCCAGGAGAAGCAGCCCGCUCCUGAUUCCUACGGACAGGGAGGUUAUGGGCAGCCAGACCCAUACGCCGGCUCCCAGGGAGGCUACCAGCCUGACUACAGCCAGCAAGGCUACAAUCAGAGUGGAGAUUAUGGCCAGGCCGGCUACGAGCAGCAGGGGGCACCCACCUCCUUUGCCAACCAGAUGUGAGUGGGGAAAUAUCUCAGGAAGCGGAAGGCGACUGGGGACUGAAAGAAGUUGAUCGUGUGACUCUAGCAGUGUGGUGCCUGAACCCUACCCACACACCCACACUUCUCCCUGUCUGUGCAUCUGUGAUUACGUCUGUGAAAGAUAUGAGGGGUGGGAGGGAGGGGGCUAAUCUAAAAUCACAGAUAGAGGGCAGUGGGAUAGAGCAGAGGGAUUUUAAUGUGCUGUUAAUUAUUGUGAUGUAUAAAAGUAAAAAAAAAAGUUAGGAUCUAUCAAACUUUAAACCACUUGAAUACCAUACCAAAAUAUGAAAAAGAUAUGAAAAAGUAUAUAAAAUCGUAUUGCUAUAUGAAUUUUGAAUCGAUGAUGUUGACAAUAGUAAUGCUAAACUUCAGAGAAUGUAUUUGUCUGUGCUGUAUAGAUAUAAUUAUAAACCUCUCUCUCUCUCUCUCUCUCUCUCUCUCUCUCUCUCUCUCUCUCUCUCUCUCUCUAUAUAUAUAUAUAUAUAUAUAUAUCCUUAAGAUAUGUAUGGGAUUAUUCCACUGUAGUCUAGUACAAUUUAGAGACCCUCAAAUUAUUAUAAUAAUCAUGUAAAAAUAUUCAAAAUGCCCCACAGAAAUUGCUCGUUGAAAAUUGUACCUCUCAUGGUUUAUAGCGUGGUACAGGUUGGAAGUCCCAUUCAUUUUAUAUGUUCAGCUGUUUUGUUUUGUUCUGUAUUUUGUUGGUUUUAUUUAUUCACGCAUGGGAUAGAGCACUGAUGUGACUCAGGAUAAUAGGGACGUCCAGGGAUACUUGAACAGAAUCAUUCCCAAACUCAAAGAGGGACCACAUUUCAACCAGCAAGCAAAAGGGUUAAGGGUAUCUUAAAGUAUUUCUCAUUUCCUGACUAAAAGCAUUGAAUUUGUUUCAGUCUCUCUAUUUCUCAAAUCUCUGUAUUAUGAAAAGUACAUGCAUUCUCAGUAAAGAAUUAGCAUGGUUGUUCAUAACACAAUGCCUCCUGUGAGUGCUGUAUUGAUGUAGUGCUGUUUUAAGUUAGGGGAUGCUAAACAUAGAUAUAAAUGUAUAUGAACUGGAGUUUUGUUAGUAUUGUGUGAGCACCAGACAGAGAGAAUCAAUACUGUGUGAUGAGAUGUCAGUAGUGUAGAUAUACAGUAUGUGCCAGUUUCAGCCUCAU